AUGGGCAGCAGGACCUGGAGCUGGGCUCUGGUCUCGGCCUCUGUGGCCUUGCUUAUGAUGUGGCCAGCAGAGAGCCAGGGCCAGGAAAAGCUGAGCUCAGAACAUCGAGGAGGCACCGGAGACGGUCAGAAAGUGUAUAGUGCCCCCACAUCCUCAUCCAUGAGGCACGUCACCUUCAUCCCACCUAUCACCGUCUUCCCCAGCAUGAGCGCCUUAAACCUGGCACACAAUGGGAGAGUGUGCAGCACGUGGGGUGACUUCCAUUAUAAGACCUUCGACGGGGACAUGUUCCGCUUCCCUGGCCUCUGUAACUAUGUCUUCUCUUCACACUGUGGGUCCACCUACGAGGACUUCAACAUCCAACUGCGUCGUGGUCUUGAGGGUUCCAGGCCCACGGUCACCUAUGUGUUCCUCAGGGCCCAGGGGCUGGUGAUUGAGCUGUCCAAUGGCUCCGUCCUGGUGAACGGACAUCGGGAGGAGCUGCCCUACAGCCGUGCAGGUCUUCUGAUGGAGAAGAGCAGUGGCUAUGUGAAGAUCAGCAUCCGGCUCGUCCUCACCUUCCUGUGGAAUGAAGAAGACAGUGCCCUGCUGGAGCUGGACUCCAAAUACACCAACCAGACGUGUGGGCUGUGUGGUGACUUCAACGGGCUCCCAGCUGUCAAUGAGUUCUACGCCCACAACACCAGGCUGACCCCUGUGCAGUUUGGAAACCUGCAGAAGCUGGAUGGUCCCACAGAGCAGUGCCAGGAUGUCCUACCCUCAGCUGUCAACAACUGCACAGAUAGGGAGAACAUCUGCCGUCACAUCCUGCUUGGCCCUGCCUUUGCCGAAUGCAUCACCCUGGUAGAUGUCAACAUGUACUUGGAAGCCUGUGUCCAGGACCUGUGCCGCUGCCCCACCUGCCCAUGUGCCACUUUCGCUGAGUAUUCCCGCCAGUGUGCCCAUGCAGGGGGCCAACCACAGAACUGGAGGCGUCCUGAUCUCUGCAACUGGACAUGCCCUUUCAACAUGGAGUACCGAGAGUGCAGCUCACCCUGUGUGGAUACCUGCUCCAACCCCCAGCGCUCUCAACUCUGCGAGGACCACUGCAUGGAUGGCUGCUUCUGUCCUCCAGGAACUGUGCUGGAUGAUGUCAGACAUUUGGGCUGCCUGCCCCUGGAGCAGUGCCACUGUACCCAUGGUGGCCACAUUUAUGCCCCUGGAGAGUCAUUCAACACCAGCUGUAGGUCUUGCACCUGCUUCGGGGGACUGUGGCAGUGCCAGGACCUACCAUGCCCCGGCACCUGCUCUGUGCAAGGCGGGUCCCACAUCGUCACCUUCGAUGAGAAACUCUACAAUGUGCAUGGAGACUGCAGCUACAUCCUGACCAAGAAAUGUGCAGAUAGUAGCUUCACUGUGCUGGUUGAUCUUCGGAAGUGUGGAAUGACGGACACCGAGAACUGCCUCAAAGCAGUGACACUAAGCCUCAACAGUGGGGACAUGGUCAUCCGGAUCCAGCCCAACAGCGCUGUGUUCCUGAACUCCAUCUUUACUCAACUGCCCUUGUCAGCAGGCAACAUCACCAUCUUCAAGCCCUCAUCCUUCUUCAUCAUAGUACAGGCAGGCAUGGGGCUGCAGCUUCAAGUGCAGCUGGUGCCCCUCAUGCAGGUGUUUGUCAGGAUGGACCGCUCCUACCAAGGCCAGCUGUGUGGCCUGUGUGGAAACUUCAACCAGAACCAGGCCGAUGACUUCACAGCCCUCAGUGGGGUGGUGGAGGGCACAGGAGCAGCCUUUUCUAACACCUGGAAGACUCAAGCCUCCUGCCCCAACUCCAAGAACACCUAUGAGGACCCCUGCUCAUACAGUGUGGAGAACGAGAACUUCGCCAGGAAGUGGUGCUCGAUGCUCACUGAAAGCUCAGGAGUUUUCUCGGCCUGCCACGCCACUGUGAGCCCAGUGCCCUUCUACUCGAACUGCUUGUUUGACACCUGCAACUGUGAAAACAGUGAGGACUGCAUGUGUGCGGCCCUGUCCUCCUAUGUAUUUGCCUGCGCUGCCAAAGGCGUGCUGCUCAGUGGCUGGAGGGGCGAAAUCUGCCACCAGUAUACAAACAACUGCCCCCAAACCAAGGGCUACUUCUAUUCAGUGAGCACUUGCCAGCCUACCUGCCGCUCUCUGAGUGAGGCGGACAUUACCUGCAGCAUCCCCUUUGUGCCUGUGGAUGGCUGCACCUGCCCGGAAGGCACCUUCCUGAAUGACAAGGACCACUGUGUGCCAGUGGAGGAGUGCCCUUGCUACUUCCAUGGAAUUGUGGUGGCUCCCGGAGAGGUUGUUAUGGACAAUGGUGUGGUAUGCUCGUGUACAAAUGGGAAGUUGACCUGCCUGGGAGCCCUGAUGCAGAAGAGCACAGAGUGCCAGGCGCCUAUGGUAUUCCUGGAUUGUAACAAUGCCUCAGUGGGUGAGCACGGGGUUGAAUGCCUCAGAAGCUGCCACAUGCUGGAUGUGGAUUGUUUCAGCACACGAUGUGUCUCGGGCUGCGUGUGUCCCUCAGGCCUGGUAGCAGAUGGGAAUGGGGGCUGUGUUGCUGAGGAGGACUGCCCCUGCGUACACAAUGAGGCCACAUAUAGACCUGGGGAGGUCAUCCGGGUAGACUGCAAUAACUGCACCUGCAGGAGGCGCCGGUGGGAAUGCACCGACCAGCCCUGCAUGGGUGCCUGUGUGGCCUACGGGGAUGGCCACUUUGUUACCUUUGAUGGUGGACGCUAUGUCUUUGAAGGCAGCUGCGAGUAUACUUUGGCUCAGGACUACUGCAGAGGCAACACCAGUACUGAUGGGACCUUCCGUAUUGUCACUGAGAAUGUCCCUUGUGGGACCACAGGAACCACUUGCUCCAAGGCCAUCAAGAUCUUUGUGGAGAGCUACGAGCUGAUCCUUCACGAGGGGAACUUUAAGGUGGUAGAGCGAGGGCCAAGUGGGGACCCUCCAUACAAGAUCAGAUACAUGGGCAUCUUCCUGGUCAUCGAGAUCCGCAGUGGGAUAGUUGUAUCCUGGGACAGGAAGACCAGUGUGUUUGUCCGGCUGCAGCAGCAUUACAAGGCAAGUGUCUGUGGCCUAUGUGGGAACUUUGACGACAAUGCCAUCAAUGACUUCACCACACGCAGCCAGUCUGUGGUGGGUGAUGUACUGGAGUUUGGAAACAGCUGGAAGGUCUCCCCAUCCUGCCCAGAUGCCCCAGCUCCCAAGGACCCCUGCAUUGCAAACCCUUACCGCAAGUCCUGGGCCCAGAAAAAAUGCAGCAUCAUCAACAGUGCAACGUUCGCUGCCUGCCACUCUCAGGUUGACUCUACAAAAUACUAUGAAGCCUGUGUGCAUGAUGUAUGUGCCUGUGACUCAGGGGGUGACUGCGAAUGCUUCUGCACUGCUGUGGCUGCCUAUGCCCAGGCCUGCCGUGAUGUGGGUGUGUGCUUGUCCUGGAGGACACCAGACAUCUGCCCUCUUUUCUGUGACUACUACAACCCUCAUGGGGAAUGUGAGUGGCAUUAUCAGCCCUGUGGAGCCCCCUGUCUGAAGACCUGUCGGAACCCAGCUGGACACUGCCUCGUUGACCUGCCAGGACUGGAAGGCUGCUACCCACAGUGCCCGCCCAGCCAGCCCUUCUUCAACGAGGACCAGAUGAAGUGUGUGGCCCAGUGUGGCUGCUACGAUGACGAGGGAAACUACCAUGACAUUGGCACACAGGUCCCUACAGCUGAGAAUUGCCAGAGUUGUCUCUGCACCCCUGGUGGCCUCCAGUGUGUUUACAACCUUACAGCCUGCACAUGCACCUAUGAGGGCCACACCUACAACUACGAUGAUGUUGUCUACAACACCACGGAUGGUCUCGGCGCCUGCUUAGUAGCCAUCUGCAAAGACAAUGGGACUAUAACACGCACAACUGAAGUGUGCCAUGAAGUCCCGUCUACCACACCAUUCACAUUCACCACCACCCUGGCACCCCUUGCUACAAACGGCUCCACUCCCACUGUGUCUACUGUGUGUGUCCAUGAGGUCUGCCACUGGUCCAUUUGGUAUGACGAGAGCCAUCCAGAGGCUGGCAUGUCAAGUGGUGACUUUGAAACAUUUGAGAACCUGAGGAAGAAAGGGUACCAGGUGUGUCAAACCCCCAUUGGUAUCGAAUGCCGUGCAGUGAAGUUCCCCAGCGUGGACUUAGAGGAGCUGGGUCAGAAGGUCAGCUGUGACCCAUCCUCUGGGCUGACAUGCUUCAAUGGUGAACAGAGUCCCCCACUGUGCCACAACUAUGAGCUGAGGGUUCUGUGUUGUGAUUAUGUGCCCUGUGGCUCCUCUCUGACCUUGGGUGUAAGUACCACUCACUCCCAGCCUGACAUCAGUAAAAGACCCUCUUUGCCUACACUUACCACUCACAUAGUAUCAUCAGAAUCACAGUCCUGGACCAGAGAACAGAAGGAGACAUCACUGGAUAAAUUUCACAGCUCAAGGCAAACGGUGCCAUUUACCUCAAAUAGCAGAGUGACUUCACCCCCUAUGCUGUCUAGAAACUCAGUCAGCAGCCUCCCCCUGUCCAACCCUACCUGGACUACAGGAGUUAAAGAGACCAAUGAGAACACAAUGCUUAGCUCCCGGACAACAGCAGCAUUCACUUCACAAACCAGGUCUACUUCAAGGCCCAGCACAGUCACACAGUCAGUCAGCAGCCCUGAGUCCUCCUCCACAACCUGCCAACCCCAAUGUCAGUGGACAGGGUGGAUUGAUAUAGAUUACCCUUCGUCUCACAUCGAUGGAGGAGACUUAGAGACAUAUGACAACAUCAGGGCCAAUGGAGAGAAAAUCUGUGAGAAGCCUCAGGACAUCAUGUGUAUGGCCCAGAACUACCCCGGAGUGAGCGUGGACAAAUUGCAACAGAACGUGACGUGUGACCUCAGCUUUGGUCUGGUGUGCUACAACAAGGACCAGGGAGGCACUUUCCCGAUGUGCUACAACUACAUGAUCAGGGUGCUCUGUUGUAGUGUUAGCCACUGCCAGGGACCUACCACCACUGCAGAGUCGGCCCCAGUGACGGGAACUGCCACCUCCACCACCCAGACCCUGUCCUCCAAGCCUAUUCCCAACACUAGUUCAAUUGAGACCUGGUCUGUGUCAGGCUUCACCACCAGUGUAGAUGCUUCAGAAAUGCCCCCCCUUGGGACCCUAACUACAAGUGUGUCAUUCCCACCCACCACUCCUCUCACGGUCACCUCAGUGAGCACUCAGCAUCCCAAGAGUCUAGAAUCCUCUGGCAUCCCAUCAGUGGUGACUACUAGGUCCACCUCUCAAGGACACUCCCUGCUUCCCAGAAGUCCCCACACUACCAAUACAUUCUCAGCAACAACCUCAAGGACUUCCCUGUCCAGCAUGACAACCACCUCUACCUCCCUGACCACUCCCGGACCGUCCAAUACUCCUCCCAGAAGCACGACCACAAACCCAGCCAUAGCUGCCUCCAUGACCAGAGCAGUUACUGAGACCCUGUCCUCAAGGCCACAUACCAAGACCACCUCAGAGCUCCCUGGAGUUCCCUCAGCCAGAUCCACAGCAGGACCCAGCACACAGUCCACUUCAAGGCCCAGCACUGUCACACAGCCAGUCAGCAGCCCUGAGACCUCUGCCACCACCUGCCAACCCCGAUGUCAGUGGACAAAGUGGAUUGAUAUAGAUUACCCUUCGUCUGACAUCGAUGGAGGAGACUUCGAGACAUAUGACAACAUCAGGGCCAAUGGAGAGAAAAUCUGUGAGAAGCCUCAGGACAUCAUAUGUAUGGCACAGAACUACCCCGGAGUGAACGUGUACGAGUUGGAACAGAAAGUGAAGUGUGACCUCAGCUUUGGUCUGGUGUGCUACAACAAGGACCAGGGAGGCGCUUUCCCGAUGUGCUACAACUACCUAAUCAAAGUGCUCUGUUGUAGUGUUAGCCACUGCCAGGGAACUGCCACUACUGCCACUUCUGGGACAGUUACACACACUUCCUGGCCUGUGUCCAACAUGCCUAUCAGCCCCAGCACCACAGAGUCAUUUUCUUCCCCUGGAGAAACCACAGCCACAACCAGAGAGACGGAGACCUCUUCCUUGCUAACCACUGGUCUCUCCUCAGUCCUGACAACCACAGAGACCACAGGCUGUAAAUCUCAAUGCACGUGGACGGACUGGCUGGACAGUGACAAACCCCAACCUGGCCAGUUUGGAGGAGACAUUGAGACCUACUAUCAUAUUCAAAACAAGACAGGUAUCGAGAUAUGCAAGAAACCCGUGGACAUCGAGUGUGAGGCUGUCCUCUUCCCCAGCAUGUCUUUCCAGCAGCUGGGCCAGGAGGUGGUUUGUAAUGUGGACUUUGGACUCAUCUGUAGGAACAGCAAGCAGGAUGACAACCAAACCUGUUUCAACUACCAUAUCCGCGUCCUCUGCUGUGAGGAAGAUGCCAACUGUAUCAGGACAACUGGACCAUUGUCUACCACCUCCACAUCAGCACCUGGAUCUCCCAGCACAGUCUCCAUGUCCACGAGCAAGUGGCCAUCAGAAGAGCCAAAACCCUCAACUUCAUUUACAACUCAAAGUAGAUCCUCUACUCCUCAGACAGAGAAGAUAACCUCCAUGACCACAGCUAGGACUACUCGGAGUUUCCCUGUCUUGAGUCUCUCUGCCCUUCCAGCUUCUCCCACAAGCCUUCUCCAAACCUCAAAAGAGCCACACUCAGGUAAACCAAGCACAAGUCCAUGGACAGCCUCCUCCAAUGUUCUGAGCACUGCCAUGCCAACCACCUCCACUGGCAAACAGCUCUCUAGAACAAAAACCACGUUGUGGACUAGCCUCCCUUCGAGCAUUUCAACCAUAGGCACCAGAUCUAUCCAUCCCAUUUCUACCACAAUGACAACGAAGAACCCUCAAACACUGAUCACCAAUGACAUUUCCAAAAGCAGAUCUACGUUGCCUAGUAGGCCCCAUAUCACAACAUCUUCAGCCACAGCAAAAACUGGGGGUGUGGUCAGCAAGUCACACUUCUCUACCUCCCUGACCACUUCCGGACCCUCCAAUACUCCUCCCAGAAGCACGACCACAAACCCAGCCAUAGCUGCCUCCAUGACCAGAGCAGUUACUGAGACCCUGUCCUCAAGGCCACAUACCAAGACCACCUCAGAGCUCCCUGGAGUUCCCUCAGCCAGAUCCACAGCAGGACCCAGCACACAGUCCACUUCAAGGCCCAGCACUGUCACACAGCCAGUCAGCAGCCCUGAGACCUCUGCCACCACCUGCCAACCCCGAUGUCAGUGGACAAAGUGGAUUGAUGUAGAUUACCCUUCAUCUGACAUCGGUGGAGGAGACUUCGAGACAUAUGACAACAUCAGGGCCAAUGGAGAGAAAAUCUGUGAGAAGCCUCAGGACAUCAUGUGUAUGGCCCAGAACUACCCUGGAGAGGGUGUAGACAAAUUGCAACAGAAAGUGAAGUGUGAUCUCAGCUUUGGUCUGGUGUGCUACAACAAGGACCAGGGAGGCGCUUUCCCGAUGUGCUACAACUACCUAAUCAAGGUGCUCUGUUGUAGUGUUAGCCACUGCCAGGGACCUACCACCACGCCAGAGUUGGCCCCAGUGACGGGAACUGCCACCACUGCACGGUCGGCCCCAGUGACAGGAACUACUACCACUGCAGAGUCGGCCCCAGUGACAGUAACUGCCACCACUGCAGGGUCGGUCCCAGUGAUGGGAACUACUACCACUGCAUGUGACGGGAACUGCCACCACUGCAGGGUCAGCCCCAGUGACGGGAACUUCCAGCACUACAGGGUCAGCCCCAGUGACAGGAACUGCCACCACUGCAGGGUCAGCCCCAGUGACAGGAACUGCCACCACUGCAGGGUCAGCCCCAGUGACAGGAACUGCCACCACUACAGGGUCGGCCCCAGUGACGGGAACUGCCACUACUGCAGGGUCAGCCCCAGUGACAGAAACUACCACCACUACACAGUCGGCCCCAGUGACGGGAACUACUACCACUACAGGGUCAGCCCCAGUGACGGGAACUGCUACCACUGCAUGGUCGGCCCCAGUGACGGGAACUGCCACCACUGCAGGGUCAGUCCCAGUGACGGGAACUACUACCACUACAGGGUCAGCCCCAGUGACGGGAACUGCCACCACUGCAUGGUCGGCCCCAGUGACGGGAACUGCCACCACUGCAGGGUCAGCCCCAGUGACAGGAACUACUACCACUACAGGGUCAGUCCCAGUGACGGGAACUGCCACCACUACAUGGUCAACCCCAGUGACGGGAACUACUACCACUACAGGGUCAGCCCCAGUGACAGGAACUGCCACCACUGCAGGGUCAGCCCCAGUGACGGAAACUACCACCACUACACAGUCGGCCCCAGUGACGGGAACUACUACCACUACAGGGUCAGCCCCAGUGACGGGAACUGCUACCACUGCAUGGUCGGCCCCAGUGACGGGAACUGCCACCACUGCAGGGUCAGUCCCAGUGACGGGAACUACUACCACUACAGGGUCAGCCCCAGUGACGGGAACUGCCACCACUGCAGGGUCAGCCCCAGUGACAGGAACUACUACUACUACAGGGUCAGUCCCAGUGACGGGAACUGCCACCACUACAUGGUCGACCCCAGUGACGGGAACUACUACCACUACAGGGUCAGCCCCAGUGACAGGAACUGCCACCACUGCAGGGUCAGCCCCAGUGACGGGAACUGCCACCACUACAGGGUCAGCCCCAGUGACGGGAACUGCCACCACUACAUGGUCGACCCCAGUGACGGGAACUACUACCACUACAGGGUCAGCCCCAGUGACAGGAACUGCCACCACUGCAGGGUCAGCCCCAGUGACGGGAACUGCCACCACUGCAGGGUCAGCCCCAGUGACGGGAACUGCCACCACUACAGGGUCAGCCCCAGUGACGGGAACUGCCACCACUACAUGGUCGACCCCAGUGACGGGAACUACUACCACUACAGGGUCAGCCCCAGUGACAGGAACUGCCACCACUGCAGGGUCAGCCCCAGUGACGGGAACUGCCACCACUGCAGGGUCAGCCCCAGUGACGGGAACUGCCACCACUACAGAGUUUGCCCCAGGUCAGCCUCAGUGACAGGAACUGCCACCACUGCAGGGUCGGCCCCAGUAACGGAAUCAGCAACUACUGCCAUUCAGACCCUGAGCCCUAAGCCUCUUCCCAACACUAUGACAAGUCCUCACUCGGCCUCCACCACAGUAGCAACAAGUAUCUCAAAAGAAACCAGCAGCCCAGGAAGAGUCUCCUCAAUCCACACAACACCCAAGAUCUUGCCCAAGACCUUACAGUCGACUCCUGGCUUGACGACACAACAAACCUCAUCAACUGGAAUCUGGACAAGUGUACUUCCGGGUACAGCUGGCACCAUCUCCUCCAAAUCUCCACCCACCAGCCUAGAGUUGACCACAGGCAUAAAAGACCCGUCUACCAGUAUACCAAUGACAUCCACCUUACCAGUAACCAUGACUAAUGCCACCACCCCCCAGGGCACAACAAACUGCCAGCCCAAGUGUAAGUGGACUGAAUGGUUUGAUGUAGACUCACCAACCUCAGGAGCAGUAAAAGGGGACAUGGAGACCUAUGAAAACAUCAGAGCCUCUGGGAAGAAGAUGUGCCAGGCACCAGAGAAAAUUGAGUGUCGGGCAGAGAACUACCCUGCAGUGAGCAUUGAUAAGAUUGGCCAAGUAGUAAGCUGCAACCUGGAGACGGGGCUGGUCUGCAAAAAUGAGGACCAGACAGAUGAUUUCAAAAUGUGCUUCAACUACAAUAUACGUGUGCUAUGCUGUGAUGACUACAGCCACUGCCCUAACACCCCGCACAGCACCACCAAGCCAUCCCUGCUCUCGUCUACCCAGACUCCCCUGGUCCCCUUUACAACCUCAGUGUCCUCCAGCACUGAGUCCACCUUUCAGACUAACCACCCCGCUAGCUCUUCAGGGCCAAGCACCCAAGCAUCUACAUGGACUACAUCUCCAGACACGGGCUGUGCACCUCGCUGCAAAUGGACAGAGUGGUUUGACGCAGACUUCCCUAACCCUGGCCCCAGAGGUGGGGACUUUGAGGUCUAUGCAGUGUUUCGUGAGGUUGGCUUUAUCUUCUGUGAUCAGCCCAAGGACAUCCAGUGCCGUUCAGAGAAGGAGCCAGACAGGCCUCUGGAAACUCUGGAGCAAGUGGUCCAGUGUGAUGUGCGAUUUGGGCUGAUAUGCAAAAAUAUCAACCAAUCGGGACCUUUGCAGUACUGUGACAACUACCACGUGCGCCUCCUCUGCUGUGACAACUAUAGCCACUGUACCACGCCACCUAUGACCACCACGUCCACUGUUCCUUCUUCCCCUCACCUGUCUUCUCACACUGCCCCGGCUUUGAAUACCAUGACUUCUUUCCCUGGCCUCUCUAGUUCCAACACGCCCCCCUCCUCUUCCCUGGUAUCUACUCACACCUCUGCAAUGGUGACCACCCAGACUUCACCUCUAACCACUGGCCCCACUGUGGCCCCCUCCACAACCUCAGGGACCCCUCAUACCCCCAAAGUUUCCCCCAGCAGCCAAGUGACCUUCAGUGUGUCUACUGCUUCUUCCUCCGUCUUCACUACCCCCAGGCCUACUUCCUUUUCCAGUCACACAUCUUCCCCAUCACCCUGUUUCUGUCAGGCGUUUGGACAGCUGUUCCUACCUGGGGAUAUCAUCUACAAUAAGACUGACGGGGCUGGCUGUCAAUUCUAUGCCAUCUGCAACCAGUAUUGUGAUGUAGACCGCUUCCAGGGUACCUGCCCCUCCUCUUCACCUCCGAUACCCUCUACCCCUGCACCUCUGUCUCCCCUGCUCCCUGGCUGUGACAAUGCCAUUCCUCCCCGGCAGGUGAAUGAGUCUUGGAUGCUGGAGAACUGCACGGUGGCCAGGUGCCAGGGCAACAAUCAAAUCAUUCUCCUAGAGCCGGAGCCCGUGGACAAUGUCACCUGUGUCAACAAGCACCUGCCCAUCAAAGUGUGGGACCAGGAGCCUUGCCACUUCCACUACGAGUGUGAAUGCUUCUGCAGUGGAUGGGGACACUCACACUACCUGACGUUUGAUGGUACCUCCUAUUCUUUCCUGGACAACUGUACCUCGGUGCUCAUGAGAGAGAUCAACCCUCGCCAUGGCAACCUGACCAUCCUCGCCCACAGCUACUACUGUGGGGCUACCACAGAUGUCACCUCCUGUCCCCGCGCCCUCAGUGUGUACUACAGCUCCAUGGAGAUUGUCCUCACCAUCACGACCACUAGCAGUGGGAAAGAAGAGAGCCUGAUUAUAUGGGACCAGAUGUGGAUACGGUCAGGCUUCAGUAAGAAUGGCGUGACCGUGUCCUUGAGUGGGGCCACCACAAUGAGUGUCAACAUUUCCACCAUUGGCACCAGCAUCACCUUUGAUGGGGACAUCUUCCAGAUAUGGCUGCCCUACAGAUAUUUCAGCAACAAUACUGAGGGCCAGUGUGGUACCUGCACAAACAGCCAGACGGACGACUGUCGCCGGCCUGACGGCACCACAGCUUCUGACUGCCAGGACAUGGCCAAAGACUGGCUGGUGCCAGAGAACAGUAGCAGUGGCUGCUUCGCUCAGCCUAGCCCUUCCCCCAGCACCACCCCGCAGACCCCGGUGUCCAGCCCACUGACCUCCACCCCAUGCCCCUCUGCACCUCUCUGUGAGCUGAUGCUGAGCCAGGUCUUCGCUGAGUGCCACAAGCUCGUCUCCCCAGAUGCCUUUUUCAGAACCUGUGUCAGUGACCACUGCAAUGCCAAUAUUACUGACACACUCUGUCAGAGCCUGGAGGCCUAUGCAGCGUUGUGCCGGGCCCAGGGUGUAUGUACCAACUGGCGCAAUGCCACCGGAGGGCUGUGUGACCUCGCCUGCCCACCCACUAAGGAGUACAGGCCUUGUGGACCCCUGCAUCCAGCAUCCUGCAGCCCCAGGACCCAGGACCUUUCAACCGGGAUGCUGGCAGAGGGCUGCUUCUGCCCUGACAAUCAGCUCCUCUUCAACUCACGCAUGGACAUCUGUGUGUCAGAGUGUCCCUGCGUGGGACCAGAUGGGCUACCCAAGUUUCCUGGAGAACACUGGAUCAGCAACUGUAAGGCCUGUGUGUGUGACCCCGGCUCUGUGUCAGUACAGUGUGAGCCAGUGAGGUGUGAGAGCCAGGAUAAACCCCCACAGUGCACAGAAGCUGGCUUUGUGACUGUGACCUGGCCCAGCACUGACAAUCCAUGCUGUCCUGAGACACUGUGCGUUUGCAAUUCAACCACCUGCCCCAAGAGUCUGUCCAAGUGUGAGCCAGGGUAUGAGCUGGUCCAGACCAAUGAGAAGGGCAGCUGCUGCCCCAACUCCACCUGCCGACCUAAGCUGUGUACAUACAAUGACACCAUUUAUGGGGUUGGUACAACCUUCCCAGGGGGUCCCUGCCAGACAUGCACCUGCCUCUCUGUGGACAACCAAGAACCAAAAGUGGAGUGUAAGGAGAUGCACUGUAGCACCUCUUGCCCCCAGGGCUUCAAGUACACGCUGGUGCCAGGGCAGUGCUGUGGGGAAUGUGUGCAGAAUGCCUGCCUCACAGCAGAGGGCCAUGUGGUACAGCCCAAUGAGACCUGGGUGAACAGCCCUGUGGACAACUGCACUGCAUACCACUGUUCGGCUGAGAAUGGAGUCCACGUGCUGAGCCCGAUCCCCACGUCUUGCCCUGAUGUAUCCAACUGUACGGGAACCCUAAGGAAAACGGGUUGCUGUUACUCCUGUGAAAAAGAGGACUCGAGUACCUGUCAAGUGCACGUGAACUCAACAAUUUUGCGGCAUAAGGGCUGUGAGACAGAGGUCAACAUUACCUUCUGCGAGGGUUCCUGCUCUGGAAGGUCCAAGUACUCCAUGGAGGCGCAGACCAUGGAGCGCCAGUGCACCUGCUGUCAGGAGAGCAAGGUCCACGAUGCAGCUGUAACUAUGCAGUGUCCCGAUGGUACAGUCAUCCAGCACACCUACACCUACAUCGAUGAGUGCAACUGCACCCCAGCCUGCAGCUCCCUGCCUGGGACUUCCAUGAACGCUUCCUAG